AUGUCUCAACAACAACAAUCCCUCUUGAGAGAUCAUAACGAUGACGAUGAUGAUCAAUACAUUAAAACAGUUCCGAAUGAUGAUUCAACCUCUCAUCACUCCAAUCACUACAAUAUGCCUUCAUCCAAUCCUACAACAUCAACAACUCCAUCAAGCAUCUCCAACAUGAUGGAAAAUAGCAUUCUAUCCAUUCUCUUAGCCCUGUUCUUCCUCUUUAUGGGAGCCUUGAACAUCAUUCAGUAUAUAAUUUUCUUUGCUCGAACAACCAUCCUCCUCAAUACUCUCGAUGAGCAACUCUACUUGGCAUACAGCAUUACGGAUAUGGUUUUCUAUGCUACCAUGGUCGUCAUGUCUCUCUUUCUAUUGGUUAGUGUUGCGGCUGCCUCUAAAGGGAGAUGGAAGCUCCACUUGUUUUCAAUUCUGAUUUAUACCAUCUUGUUUGUGAUGGCCAUGAUAUUAUCGAUUGGAAGCAUGACACUCUCUAUUGUAGUUAUUGCCAGGAAGGGAGAUGUUGGAUUUGCAAUUGUGAGAACAAUCAUGUUGGCUGUGAUGUUUUUAUUGUUUUGUGCUGUUGUCAAUUGUUUAUUCUUACCUGCAAAAUUUAGACAAUCCACGAGAGGUGCUAGUAGAGUUCAUGGGGAUUAUUCAAUGUUGUAAAUUAUUAAUUAGUAAAUAUUAUUUGUAAAUUAUU